AAGGCCUCCACCCUCCAUCGGAUCGGAAAGGAAACCCUAAGCGAAGCGGAGGAGAGAAAGCAAUGGCAUCCCUGAGCAAGCGCGGCGGCGGCGGCGGCGAGGGGGAGGGCAUCCUGGCCUCCUUCUCCCGGUCUUCGGUGGCGGCGCAUGGGCGCGAGGCGGCGACCAUGGCGAAGAAGCUGCUGCGGAGCACGGGGAAGGCGGCCUGGAUCGCGGGGACCACCUUCCUCGUCCUCGUCGUCCCGCUCAUCAUCGAGAUGGACCGCGAGCAGCAGCUCAACGACCUCGAGCUCCAGCAGCAGGCGCUCCUCGGCGGGCCGCCACCGCCCGCGCCUCUCAAAUGAUCCAUCCGUCCAUCCUUAGCUUCUACUGCUGCCUACCUAUGUCGUCGUCGUCGUCGUCUUAGUCUUUUUCUUCUUUUCUUCUUCUCUUAGUGUACACUGCUGCUACUAGUGUUUUUGCCUGUCUAGUCGGACAAAUCAAAACUUUCUUGUUUUCAUCAUCGAUCUAUGCUAUGCUGCUCUGAUGAGAUGUCGCUUUUUCUUUCCUGCUGCUACUUUAUUUUCACGCUCAUCUUAUCAUGCCGAAUAAAUCGAUCGGUUACUAUAUUUCA